AUGAGAUCGCAGGAGCGCGUACGCAAGGAGUCAGCCCUCUACGAGGUCGUCUGCCCGGCCGUGUACGUGAGCCGCGCCAUGGGCUUGGCCCCGUACGAGCUCACGGCCCGGGGCCAGCUGGACGGCCAGGCGAGAUUGGCGCCCUCGCGCCUCAACUGCCUGUACUCGCUGUUCUGGACGAGCCUCUACUCGUACAUCGUCGUCACGUCGCUCAUGAGGUUCGCCGGCUCGAAGCGCGACAAGCCCGUCCUCGGCGUCACCGAGACUGGAAAGUUGCUGCUGAAUUACGCCGUGUCGCUGGUGGAGCUGAGCCUGUGCGUGCUGAGGCGGGCCGAGUUCGCCGGCGUCUGGAACGCCAUACAGGCCUUCGACGAGGCCUACGACAUCGGCCUCGACAACAACAAGGGUGGUGGUGAUCGAGACCAGCAGCAGCAGCAGCACCACCCGCUGCUCCGCCAGGCCAAGCACUGGCUGUGGCUGCUGCUGUUCGGCUUCGUGCUGGCCUGGGUCAGCGUCAAUCAGACGGGCAUGUACGCCUUCAACGAGUCCUACGUCAACAACAUCGGCUACAUGCUGACCUACGUGGGCACCUGCGUGGCCGUGCUCAAGUUCUGCGGCAUGGCGGCCCUGCUGCUCCAGCGAUUUCGCCACCUCAAUCAGCUGCUGCAGGCCAAGCUGGAUACCAACGUAAACGACUCCAAGGUGGAUUACGCGAGGGAGACCGAGGACGUUGACAGAAUCGAGACGUCGUACAACUACCUGCUGGCGAUCGGCGAGCGCCUCAACGAGAUCUACUCCCUGCCGCUGUUCCUCUACCUGCUGAAUCUCUUCGCCCACGCGGUCAGCAACAUGUACUACUUCUCGAUCUGGACGAUAGUCGACCGGGACUACGUGUCGCAGCCCCGGGUGCUGCUCUGCCUCGUCGCCUGGCUCGUCGUCUACUUCGGCCAGAUGUGUCUCAUUCAUAUCGCCUGUCAUUUCGUUUCGGCCGAGGCGAAUAAAAUGCCGAUUGUACUGCUGGAUUGGCGUCGACGCGACAUCACGAGUAACGAAUAUAGAUCGACGCUGCACUAUUUGAAUAGAAAAAUGAGAUUCAACGCGGCUGGAUGUUUCUACGUGAAUUUGCAGCUGCUGACCUCGACUUUCGGCCAUCUGACGACCUAUCUGGUGAUACUGCUGCAGAUACCUUCGGAGGGCUCCGAGUGA